CCUUCAGUUCCCUUAUCUGCACCUGAGUGCACCAUACUUGCACAGUGUUUUUGACAAAACUUUAAGAGACUGGCAUUUUUCUGAGCUUUGUCGUCUUUUUAAACCUUUGUCAAAACGAUGUCAGCACUUUUUACCCGUUACCCGGAGACAGAUAAGCGCAUUCAAAUGACACUGCACAGAACAAGUAGACAUGCAGUUGUCCACUGAAACCGAGGCAGAGCACUUGAACAGGAAGCUUAACUUUAUGCGGUUAGCCAAGCAUUUGCUGUGCACUUGGCCACAUACAGGAAGCCAGUGUCACCCAUUUGCUCUUCGGUCUGAAAACGGUUGCUUUGCCUCGGAAGCCAGUCCACUCGCGCGUCAAGAAACGUUGUCUCCAAAUGGCCCAGGGAAGGGAGCAAUCCUUCGCCAGCCGCUUAUUUCAAAAGUGUCGCAAGGGUAGCCAAGAGCAGAGAGGACAGGAGAGUGACGCGCCUCAUAUCUCUGAGUUCACCAUCAUGUGGGAUAACUUCAAGACUUUUGUGAAAGAGUUCUUAGCUAAAGCCAAAGAAGAUUUUUUAAGAAAAUGGGAGUGUCCACCACAGAGCACAACAGGCCUGGAUGACUUUGAUAGAUUUAAGACGUUGGGCACUGGCUCAUUUGGGCGAGUUAUGCUCGUCAAACAUAAAGGAACAAACCAGUUCUACGCCAUGAAGAUCUUGGACAAACAAAAAGUGGUCAAAUUGAAGCAGAUAGAACACACGCUAAAUGAAAAAAGAAUUCUGCAGGCCGUUUCCUUCCCCUUCCUUGUCAGAUUGGAGUACGCUUUCAAGGACAACUCAAACCUCUACAUGGUGAUGGAAUAUGUGCCCGGUGGAGAGAUGUUCUCACAUCUCAGACGUAUUGGAAGGUUCAGUGAACACCAUGCAAGAUUUUAUGCAGCUCAGAUAGUACUCACCUUUGAGUACCUUCACUCCUUAGACCUCAUCUACAGAGACUUGAAGCCUGAAAACCUGCUCAUAGAUCAACAUGGGUAUAUCCAGGUCACAGACUUUGGCUUUGCCAAAAGAGUAAAAGGCAGAACCUGGACAUUGUGUGGAACUCCUGAGUACCUGGCUCCAGAGAUCAUCCUCAGCAAGGGCUACAACAAAGCUGUGGACUGGUGGGCACUUGGAGUUCUUAUCUAUGAGAUGGCCGCCGGUUAUCCUCCCUUUUUCGCUGAUCAGCCUAUCCAGAUCUACGAAAAGAUUGUGUCUGGCAAGGUACGAUUCCCCUCUCACUUUAGCUCCGACCUGAAGGACCUGCUGAGAAAUCUGCUUCAGGUGGACCUGACGAAGAGAUUUGGCAACCUGAAGAAUGGUGUGAAUGACAUCAAAAAUCACAAGUGGUUCUCCACAACAGACUGGAUUGCUGUCUACGAAAGAAAGGUGGAAGCUCCCUUCUUGCCGAAGUGCAGAGGACCGGGAGACACAAGCAACUUUGACGACUACGAAGAGGAGGACAUUCAUGUCUCACAGACGGAAAAGUGCGCAAAAGAGUUUGCUGAGUUCUAGUGAGUUGGCCGGAGUCACAUCAGGGCUCCCGUGUUUUUUGGAUAUUUGCACUCUCCUGAGGGUUAAGGUGGAACUGAGGCCGUCACAUGUUCAAAACAAACGCCUCAUUCCUUCAUUCCACACAGCUGAAUGAGGUCCUUCUUGCCAUGAUCCUGCGUGCAGUUAGCACUAACCUAUACACAGGCACAUUAUGCAGACACCUCUCGUGCUGCAACACAAAAAUACUAGACCACGUCCGCAUUUUCUUAUUUCUGUUGUUUUUGUUUUUGCCACGUUUGAGUAUCCUCUCUCCUUAUGUCAAUUCAAAUAAUUAUUUUGAAAAGCAACAUGAAAACUAAUAUUGCUCCCAAUUUCCAAGUGGCACAAAGAGUGAUGGAUUGUAUUAGCUGGUAUUGCACAUUUUGUGAAAUAAGCUUGAGGAAAACAGAAGGGAUUUUAAUAUUAAUUUAAUUUUUUGGUUCAAGAUUUCAACAUUGAAUUUGCCAGAUGUCUGUCAUCAUGUGUUUGAGGGUUCCGUUUAUUACUCAUUAAUCAUAACCACUUCAACAUGAACCAUUACUCAUCAUUCUGGUGUCCUACCACCUACAACUGUAUAUAUGUGCAUAUAGAAAUAUACAUGUAUGAUACAUACAAUUUGAACACUUUUGUUAAAGCAUGACCAAAAUUCAAUCAAGGAAGGUGUUUUGUGAAGGAAAAGAAACUGUGGUGACUUUCUGGGUUUUAGCACUUGGGCAUUCGAUUCUUGAAGAGACUGAUAAACGUUGACUAUAAGUGCUAUUGUGCAACAGAAACUUGUCAGUGCUGUAUUAGUUGAUCAGUUGUAGCAUUGUUUCAUCCAUAUCCGGUCACAGGACAUUUCCUUUUUACCUCAGACUAAGUAUGGUAUUAAAUCAGUUGAAUGACAUUAAAUAUUUUUCAGGUACAGUUCUUGUUUCACAAUGAAGUUUGAUUAUGUGACUCCACAUAACAGGUCAGCUGUCUUUGGUACGUCCAAAAAUAUAUGAAGUGCAUCGACAUGGCAUUUUUUCAAUAGCUGAAAAGUCAGUUAGAUUUUCAUGAGGGUACGUCUUGACGGAAAUGAAGCAGUGUUGGUCGCUUGGACAUAUUUGUCCCUUUUAAGUUUGUGUUUUUGCUUUUGUUUUUAAAAGCGAAUUGCGCUUUAGCAGAGCACUCGGAAGACAUCAUGUAGCUGCCAUAAUUGCUUUAUUUUUUGUUAUUACAUUUGCAUGUUUAUUAAGUUUGUACAGCAGUGUCACAACAGGCUAAUAGUGCCCCAAAAAGUGUUCCUAUGUUUUUUGUUGUUCUUCAUUUUGUUACCUUUUUUAAUUGUUUCAUAGCCAAGGACAUUGCUCCAUUAGAUAGGUACUUUUUAUCCCAGUGACAUAUUCUCCUGAAUAAUCCAGUUAGAACUAAAUUUUAUCAUAAAAUACACUUAGAUCAUGAAGGGCAACUGUCAUUUCCUUUUUAAUAUUCACUCAUCUUGGUCCAUUACUUGGCUGAAUCAUCAAUUGACUGCAGUUUUCACUACCGAUCAACAAAAGUUUUAGAACACCUCCAUUUUUCCAGUUGUGUUUUUCCAGAAAUGUAUAUUUACGUGAAUUGAUGUCUCGUGAUUCUGAAAUGAAACCAUAAAACAGAUGAAUUGAGCAUAUCUCCAGUUGUUAAGGAGAGUAAGCAAGAAAGCAUGUAUUCAUGUAUUGCAAUUUUGACUCAUUCAGCAGCGAAAACAAGCAUUUUUCAGAAAGUUUGUCCCCACACCGUUGCAUAAUUUCCCACAUCAGUUGCACUUGUUGGUCGCUUUGCUUUCACCUUCUCUCCAGUUCAUCCCUACCCAGCCUUGCAGGGUCAAACUGCUGCUCUUCCAUCAUGUGAUGCCACUGGUUCUUUUCUUUUAAUGUUUUGGGUCAUUUUCUUGCUGUGGGAUGAACCUCUGACAAACUAUACUGUCUUCCUUUCUCACCAUUCUGAUAGCAAUACACAGCACUAACUCAACUUAUUUUACUUCCAUUGCUGCAGGAAAGCUGUAAGUUAACCUUUUCCUCCACCCCUGUAAAAGGCCUGUUCCCUGACAGGAUUUCAGUCGCUCUUGUCCCAUUUAACGUUAUUCACUUCGCUUGAACUGCUGAAAAUGGGGGUGUUCUAAAACCUUUGACUCGUAGCGGUAUAGUGUUUUUCGUAAUUUCCUUAAAAAAUCAAAAACAAAUUUGCACACUGUGAUGGAGCAAUAUUUGCUCAUUCUUCCUGGCAAAAUUGCUCAGGCUGUCAGUUCAGUUAGAGGUCAUUAAUGGAUAAAAACGCUGUAGUCUUGUCUCAGACUUUCAAAGGGAAUAUGGUCAAUAUUCUAAUAUCUUUUUAAUUGUAAGCCACUUCUGUUAGGUUAUUGUCUACACAUGGUUAAUGCAUAUUUGUCCCCCUUAUUUAUGUUUUUCUUUCUUAACAGGGCACCAUUAAUCUCCCAAGUAAUUCUGACACUUUGCCUGUCCAUGCUACUGAAAUGUGUGUCCCAGCCUCUGAAAACUCCUCACCAGUUUAACAUGUUACAUUUAGAAUAAUUGUAUGUCAAACAUUCAAUGCCUACAAUGCCAAGGUGUCCACUUGUUUAACUUGUAGAUGUUAGGAAUUCUCUGCUUGUGUGAUCCUUUGAUUCCUUUUGAAGGAGGUUUGACUCUGUCGUCCAAAGAGAGGUCAGAGAUUGAGGUCAUGUCUGCAGGCUGGAUGCUAUGGGUUUGUGGGGAAAUCAAGUUGUUGCAAUCUACAUCUUGUUGGAAACAAUAAUGCAUCGUUGUCCCUCUUUCAGUUUUAAGUCUUCAGACGUUUUCAUCAUUAUUUGACGUGGUGCUCAAGUCUUUGUAGAUGAAGAGAAAUGCAAUUUAAUCAAGUUCAACAAUCUUAGAGAACCAAAUGUACUGAAUGCUUUUUCGAAGUACUUAUGUGCUGUUUAUGGCCUGAAUUUAAACCUUCUUUUAACAGAUUGAGCACAUGAUGUGACAUUUUACUUAGCCCUAAUUUCAUUUCCAAAGGCACAACUGUUUCUUAUGAUAUUUUUUAUUUAUAUUCAGAGAUGUCUAAUAAGAUGACAUUUUAAAUGUUUCAACUAGAGUUAAGUCUCAGUUGAUAAGGAGACUCCAAAUAUUUUACUCUCAAGUAAAAUAAACAGUGAAGAUAUUGGAUUAUUUAUUUGUACAACUUUUAUUUAGUUUUUCCCUUAAAAGAAGAAAAGAUUUAUUCAAAUAAACAUAUUUACAGUAGUUAACACACACUGAUGCCUCUCAUGCCUACUUAAAAUGAUAUACUUUUCUUUUAACUUGUGUUUUUCUUUACCUUUUUGUUUGAUUAGUUAAAAAUCAAUUUUAUCAAAGAGGAUGCAUCAUUAUUUUCCUAGUUUAAAGGUUUAACAGAAUGUAAUUGCAGAAUCAAUAGAAUCUAUUUCUUUCUUUUUUUGGACAUAUUUUGAAAACUAUACCUGGGAAUUCAGCAUGUUCCAGUCCAAACUGCCUCUCUUCUUAGGUGUCAUUUAUCCCUCCCAUGUGUGUGAUGAUGUUUGUCAUAUUUGAUGUAAAUGAUGGCACUUUUCCCUCUCGCCACUCCACACUCCCCCGAUUGAAGGAAAGAUCAGUUUAUGGAGUUCUUCGUAGCUAUAGUCACACAUGCCAGUGUGGUAUGGGAUCCAUAAUCUGAAAAUGUGUCUGUAUUUAGUUUGUGGGAUAUUUUGCACAUCAUUUAAAAGGCUGACACGUUUGUUUUUGUUUGUUUGUUUGUUUUCCCACCCAUAUUUACUUGUGUUUGCAAGGGGAAAAUACUUUGCUGUAGCAGAUUUUAUGUAACAAAGGAUAUGUCACUAUAAUAAAUUCUUUUUAUCAAAACCUGUAA